AUGGAGAGGUGGCUCCAACACUACAUUCCCGCAGGGUGCCUCCGGGUAGGUGUAGACGAGACCGAGAUACCGCCCGAGGUCUGGAUAUUAUCCGACCUGCAUCAGGGAUGGCGCUUCUUUGUUCGUGGUGGGGACACGGCGCUCGAUCAGAGUAGUUUGCUACCUGCCGCCAGCCAAGCAGCCCUUCUAGGCUCGCGGGCUCUUGCGCCGUUCGCUGGCUUGUUCCACGCUCGAUGGAUCCAGCUUUCUUUUCACUCGGGGACCGUCCGGGUCUACAUAUUCCCACAUGAUAUCGAUUGGAGCAUCACGAGUCGUGGUGGCAGAGAUGGAAGACUGGCCAAGGCUCUAUCUCUGUUGCUGAGGCAGCUUGACUACUCUCCAUACGCCUGGAGUCGCUCAGCUGAUCACUCACCAUGGCGCGAACCAAGAUCGCCUGUCAAUAUUUCUCAAGAUGAUGAUGAAGAAGAGGAAUGCGCCGAGGACUGUUCCCUGCUAGAGCGCUUCAAUAAACUGCCAUCGCCAAACCCACGACUUGACUUGGUGACACCCGAUUCCUUCAACUCAAUUGCCAUGCAGGGCAUCCUGGAAAGUCGGUUACCUGGGCUGCACACACCGCUCUAUGAGCACCAGAGGCGAUCGGCAGCGGUAAUGCUGCAACGCGAGGUAGAACCUGGCCGGGUGGUUGACCCUAGACUGCGCCCUGCUCUCGACCAGGACCAGCAGCCUUGGUACCGUGACGUUGAUGCUGGCCUUGUUCUUAGAGAACCACGACUAUAUGACGGGAUAUCUGGUGGCAUCCUUGCCGAAGAGAUGGGCACAGGCAAGACUCUUAUCUGUUUAGCAGUUAUUCUGGCCACAAAGCAUUUACCGGCCGAAGCACCAGACCCACUGCUAGUCAACUGGCCUACUAGACCGAGAGUUGCUUCUCUUAUGGACAUGGCAGCAGCCGCAGUCCAGCGCUACUCCUAUCCGUGGAAACUAUACCUAUCGACGCAACCCACAGACAGUCGUGAUUGGUAUCGUGGCUGCGUGAAAGCACUAGAAUCUCAUGAAAACAGGGCUUAUUACGAGCUCAGAAACCCUCUCGUCGAGACGCGCAAAUGUGGGAGAGUCGCCAUCCCAACGCCCCCCGCUAGGAAGAUCUAUCUGAGCGGCGCUAGCCUCAUCAUUGUCCCAGCAAAUCUCGUAACGCAGUGGCAACAAGAGAUCAGGAAACACACAUCCGGGCUACGGGUCCUCACACUUGCAGAAAGUAAAGCAGCCAUUCCACCUCUUUCUGUACUGUUAGGAUACGACAUCAUAAUUUUCUCGCAACACCGCUUCGAGAAGAUUGAGAGGGAUCGGAUAGGUACGGAUGGUCGCCCGCUCGACCCACCUUGCCCCUUGGAGCACAUGCGCUUCAAGAGGUGCAUCAUAGACGAAGGACACAAGUUGGGGAGUCACCGAUCCCACUGGAAAAGUGACCUUACCAGGGGGCUUGAAAGGCUUCAUAUUGCUGCAAAAUGGGUUGUCACUGGUACGCCCUCACGUGGUCUUUAUGGCGUCGAUCAGACAAAGCCACUCGGAAACAGGAGAGAUAGUACGAGGAGAGAUGACCUGCAAGCCAUCAACAAACAAGAACGUGAUGAUCUGCAACGUAUUGGCAACAUCGCUUCUAGUUUUCUGAAGGCCCGACCGUGGUCAAAUACACGAGACGAGGUUGGCGACACAAUUGCCGACUGGAACAAAUACGUGUUGCAACCACGGCAUCACAGCAAGAGUAAUGGCCGAAAAGAUUGCCUGAAGGCUACUCUCGAAUCUCUGAUUAUCCGUAACCGACUGUCUGAUGUUAGUCACCAUCUUCCAUCAGUGGAGGAGAAGAUUGUCUUUCUAGAUGGCUCCUACCAAGACCGACUGUCCCUAAACGUAUUCUCGAUGAUGAUAAUCUUCAACUCGAUUCAAUCACAACGGACCGACCAAGAUUACUUCUUUCACACACGAAACAGAAAAGAUCUCCUGCAGCUCGUUAGUAACUUGAGGCAGGCGAGCUUCUUCGGUAGUGUAUUCUUUUCCGUGGAAGAAAUCAGAAAAUCGAUUGAGACAGCAGAGGAUUUUCUGAAAAGAAAGGAUGUCCCUAUCAGUCCCGAAGACAAUGAUAUACUAAACCAGGCAAUAAAUUUCGGCAAAAUAGCGUCCAACAACCAACUCAAGGCUGUCUGCAACCAAUUUCACUCAAUGCCCUUAUAUCUCAAGUCCUUCCCCGGUGGUAACGGAAAGCAUUGGUCCCUCGAUGACAGAGACACCGAGGAAACAGAGCCAGUCUGUACGGAUGCUGGUUUGAUUCUUGAACUACAAAAGUACCUGAAUCCCUGCCUAGAUGCCCCGACGUCCUUAAAUCUCAUGAUCCAAAAUGGUGACUUGGCACGACAUGGCGAUGCGGCAAGAGCUCAAGCUGCGCAAGAAGCGAACCAUGCUGCUGGAAAUUCGAGCCUAUCCAGCGCGCCCUCUUCCUCUCUAGCUGGGAAUACAUCCUUGGGUAUUGAUAGGCAUAGUUUACGCAAAUCGACUAUCCCUUCCGAACAAGACGCCACAGACGCGAGUUUUUCAAGCUCGGAAAUUGAGAUUGCACAACCUCUCGCCAUGACCCAGAUCAUCUCGACGAUCUCUGCGAAACUGUCCUAUCUAAUCGACUCCAUCGUUCGGCAUAAAGAUGAAGAGCAGAUCAUUGUAUUCUAUGACAAUGACAACGUGGCGUGGUAUUUGGCAGCAGUGCUUGAGAUCCUCCAAAUCCACCAUCUUAUCUAUUCUAGGAAGGGACUUGACGCUAAGCGACGGGCACAAUACGUCAGCACAUUCACCAAUAAUCCCAAGUUCCGGGUGCUACUGAUGGAUAUAUCACAAGCUGCUUUCGGUCUCGACAUGCGCAGCGCUUCACGAAUCUACUUUGUCAGCCCGGUGCUAAACCCGCAGGUUGAGGCUCAGGCCAUCGGUCGAGCGCGCCGCAUUAGCCAGCAGAAGCCGGUGACGGUCGAGACAUUGGUGCUACGGAACAGCAUCGAGGAAGUCAUCGUCGAGCGCCGCAAGAACAUGACGGCCGCCGAACACCGCAAGGUCAAGAACAUCCUUGACGACAAACCAAUGUAUAACUGGAUCCUGAAUGCCAAGAUCAUGCCAAUGCCCGAGGUUGAGGACGAUGUCGCGCAGACGGCGCGGCUGAAGGUGCCUCAGCUCGUCUUCGGCAGGGGCUUCGGGCGACAGCUGCACCCGGAUGAAGACCUCAUCAUGGACAGCCCCGAAGCGAAGGACAAAGAGCGAGGCACCGUGCUGGCAACGGAAAAGGUCCCUAUCUCGUUCAAGCUCGGCGGCCUGAAGCGAUCACGCGCUUCCACUCCAGCCCCAACGGCUGUGGAGAGCAGCAGUGCCGAAGCGGCACCUCGGGUCAAAAAGAGGGCCCGUGUUGCUUUCGCUGAUGAUGCCUGA